UGUGUGUGAGGAAGGAUGAGAAGCAGAGACGGAUCCAGUUUGUAGAACCCUGAAGUUUAGUAAAAGCGCACAGUUGUUUUGUGUGAAUCCACAGCGAUGUCUGUCACACACACAUGCUUAUCGCCGGACACGUUCUCCACCGGAUAAUCCCGAGUUUGCGUUAUUUGGAUUAUAACUGUGUGUUUUUGUACAGUAGGUGGAGAGUUUAAAUUCAUCCACUCGGUCAGUUUCUGUAGAUUAUUUUUCUUCCUUCAUUCUGAAACUCGUGUCUCAGCGUUUAGAGUGCGGGAGAAGUUGAAGUGGUCACACAGUGGAUUGGGAUUGGGAGUGGAGACGCACACGUGUAUCCUCCUCCUCCAUCCGGCUGCGCUCACGCCGACGCUUCAGGAUUCAACUAUUGUUUCUGUCAUAGCAGGAAUAUAAAGAAGUGACACACGACAAUGUCUCUGAGCAGAAGUAUUGAGUUCGAACACUUCGAGGAGCGAGAGAAGCCACAGCGGACACCGAGGACCAACUCGGGCGCCGGGUCCCAGUCUGGCUCCAGAGGCAACGGACUCGUGCCGAGCCCUGCGCACAGUGCGCACUGUAGUUUCUACCGCACACGCACUCUCCAGUCCCUCACAUCGGAGAAGAAAGCCCGGAAAGUGCGCUUUUAUCGCAAUGGGGACAGAUACUUCAAAGGGCUGGUGUAUGCUGUUUCAAGUGACCGGUUCAGGUCCCUGGAUGCUCUGCUCAUGGAGCUCACACGGUCUCUGUCGGACAACGUCAACCUGCCUCAGGGAGUCCGGACCUUAUACACGUUGGAUGGAGGCAGGAAGAUCUCCAGUCUGGAUGAGUUAGUGGAGGGUGAGAGUUAUGUGUGUGCCUCCAACGAACCCUUCCGCCGCGUGGACUACAGCAAGAACAUCAACCCCAACUGGUCAGUGGGCAGCAAGACGGGCACAUCCCGCUCCCUCUCCUCUCUCAUGAUCCCGUCAAAGAGUGACCUGCAGCGUGAGGCCAAGGACUUCAUUAAACCCAAGCUGGUCACAGUCAUCCGCAGCGGCGUCAAACCCCGCAAGGCUGUUCGGAUUCUGCUCAACAAAAAGACGGCACACUCCUUUGAGCAGGUGCUCACUGACAUCACGGAGGCGAUCAAGCUGGACUCUGGAGCUGUGAAGAGACUCUACACGUUAGAGGGCAAGCAGAUCACCUCCCUGCAGGACUUCUUUGGAGAGGACGACGUGUUCAUCGCGUGCGGCCCAGAGAAACACCGCUAUGCCCAGGACGACUUUGUGUUGGAUCACAGUGGUAAGGCUUCCACGGCCUUUAUGACUGAAUGCAGAAUGCUGAAGUCAUCGUACGGCCGCUCCGCUACGCCGCACAGGACAGUUAAGAGUCCCGGACUUUCACGACGCAGCAAAUCCCCUUGUGGAGUAAGGCGACCUGUCCACUUCUCCACCAGUCAGCUUUCCAUCAAAUCCCCAGUAAACGGUGCAUCGAGUAGCCAGCUCUCAACGCCGAAGUCCACAAAGUCCUCCACUCCGUCUCCCACCAGCCCCCGAACCCUCCCUGGUUUUAGGAUCCCUCCGUCACAUCACGUCUCCUCUCCAAAUGUAAAUGGCUCAUUGAGCAACCACCAAGAGCAAAGCAGUCAACUGACUCCGGAGGUUAACGGCAACCGCUACGUUCCCGACUCCACCAUUUCGGAGAAAUACAAAGUCGGGAAGGUCAUUGGAGACGGUAACUUUGCUGUGGUGAAAGAAUGUGUGGAGAGGUCGACAGGAAAAGAGUUUGCACUGAAGAUCAUCGACAAGGCCAAGUGCACUGGAAAGGAGCACCUCAUCGAGAACGAGGUGGCCGUGCUGCGCAGGGUGAAACACCCUAACAUCAUCAUGUUGGUGGAGGAGGUGGACACUCCCUCUGAACUGUACCUGGUCAUGGAGCUCGUCAAGGGAGGAGAUUUAUUCGAUGCCAUCACCUCCUCGACCAAAUACACGGAGAGAGACGCCGGCAUCUUGAUCUACAACCUGACCGGAGCUCUGAAGUAUCUGCACAGCAUGAACAUCGUCCACAGAGACAUUAAACCAGAGAACCUGCUGGUGUUUGAGUGUCCAGAUGGCACCAAGUCCUUGAAGCUGGGGGACUUUGGCUUGGCCACAGUGGUGGAGGGACCUUUGUAUACCGUGUGUGGCACUCCUACAUAUGUCGCUCCAGAAAUCAUCUCAGAAUCUGGUUACGGUCUGAAGGUUGAUAUCUGGGCUGCAGGCGUCAUCACCUACAUCCUUCUCUGUGGCUUUCCUCCCUUCAGAAGUGAGAGCAAUUUGCAAGAGGACCUGUUUGAGCAGAUCCUUCAGGGGCGCCUGGACUUUCCCAGUCCUUACUGGGACAACAUCACAGACUCAGCCAAGGAGCUGAUUGGAAAGAUGCUGCAGGUCAACGUCGAGGCUCGAUACACAGCACAAGAUGUCCUCUCCCACUCAUGGAUCACGGUAGUUUUAACACUGUCUGUGUAUAUUUGCUUGAACAGUACUGUACAAAAAAAACCUAUUAAAGCACAACUGUCGCACAGUGCAGGGAGACAAUGACCCUGAACUUUAAGAGGCUUAUUUACUGAACUCUUUGGCACCAAAUUGAUUUAA